GCCAUGUUGGGAACAUUAGAAGGGAACCAACACCACGACCAGAAAGACGGGAACAUCUAGGUUCGGCAGCGGCGUGUCUUAACACCUUAACACCACCACCAUGGCUGACCCGGAAAAACAGCCCGAACAACCAAAGGCUGUCCAGCAGAAGCUGGUCAUCGCUAACAAAGUGACCGGGACUGUGAAGUGGUUCAACGUGAAGAGUGGAUACGGAUUCAUCAACAGAAAUGACACCAAGGAGGAUGUGUUUGUCCACCAAUCUGCUAUCGUGAAGAACAACCCAAGGAAGGCCGUUCGUAGCGUCGGUGACGGAGAAGUGGUCGAGUUCGACGUGGUGAUAGGCGAGAAGGGUCACGAAGCGGCCAACGUUACCGGUCCUUCCGGGGAGGCGGUAAAGGGUUCGCCUUACGCUGCCGACAAGCGACGCGGAUACCGCGGAGUUCAUUGGUACAUCAACCAGAAACGUGGGAACGGUCGACCUCAACGCAGACCUCGAGAAGGACAAGAGGGUUACGAAGCUGGCGAGGGUAAGACCGUGGACGACGCAAACGUCGGAGAAGGCGGCGGUCAGCAGCGACGUUACAGAGUUCGACGGCAGUACGACGGAUAUUAUCGUGGAUCGCGACGGUCUGGGCCGUCGGCGCAGCAACAAGGCGACAACUCUGGUGAGAUCGGCGAACAGGGAGGCGAGGGAACCGUCGGAGGAGUUCAACGCGGUGGAGGCGCUCGUGGACGCGGUGGACCUUCUCGUCGUUACUUCCGACGCAACUUUCGCGGAGGAAGAGGCGCCGGACCUCCUCGUCGCCCUCGAAGCCAGGACGGACAACCCACGUCGGAGCAGAAGUCGGAUGCACCUAAAGAUAAGGAUGCACCUGCCGCUGCCCCUGCUCCACAGGAGAGUCAGCCGGUCCAAAACACCACCACCGAAAGCACCGCUUAACCAAGAGUCAAUGGUACCAUUACGACGCAACCACUCCUCUUAAUAUGUAACACCAACACCCGUUAUACACCGAAGCAACAACAGCAGCAAUGGCAACAACAUAACAAAAGAAAUGAAAAAAUCUGAAAAAAAGUCUUAAAAAAAAUGGAAAAAUAUACCAGCAAAUGAACAUCACACUUCACACUCUCCUCAGGAAACGAACAAAGAGAGUGGUCGUGCGCGUGAGCGCGCGUCAGGAAUUUGAUUCGUCGAGGAGGAUACGCGCAAAACUGUAACGGAACGACUGCGAGCAAAGAUACAGUUUUGUGUUCGACGCGUCGACGACGAUGUAUCUUGGCUCGCAACCGGGCACGUUGGACGCCGUUGUCGAAAGAUUCGAACGCGCGCAGCCGCUGGUCGCAGAACGCAAGCGAUACGGUACGAUAGAAACGGAAACACGCGGGCGCGAGUAUGUGGAAUAAACGUUGGCGAGUUUCGUUGAAUUUGUUUCAAGUUGGAACAGUGUGCGGUAGCGGCAGCGGCAGCCGCGUAAGGAUAUCCGUGGAACGGCGGGAACGACGAAAGACGAGAAAAGUCACGAACGCGACGACGACCGAUUCUGUGUAGACGAUAGGGUAAGUCUUGAUCAGUGAAACGGACGAAAUCGCGAAUAAAAGACAAGAUGAUUGAAGCACGGAGAUGGGAUACGAUACGAUACGAUACGAACUCGAAUGGACGAAAGUGGUAAUUUUGUUCUUGUUUUUCGUAUUCAUUGUUUCAUAUGUUUUAAUUUUUUUUCAAUCAAACCCAUUUGAUCGUUUUACGUACAUGUCUUUGAGUUUAGCGCGAUAUCCGCGCGCGGAGCUAUUUUCUUAAGUCCGUACGCGUAAUCUGUAAACGUACGGCAAUUGCAUUUGUUCCGUUUUUCGGAACGCGGGAUUCGAUUUUCAUGACGUUUGAAAAAUUGAAGAUCCGUCGUGUCGUUUUCGCUUUGCUCGGUCCCGCUUCGUCCUCCGCCUUCGAUCGCGACAACGUUGCUCGUUGGCGACGAGUCGCGAGCAAGCGAGACGUUUUAUUGCAGACGGUUUCGCCAAAAAAUUCUUCGUUCUUUCGUUUUGCGAACCGGCGAUUACUUUUACGAUCGGCCAUUGUAACGAUGCAAUCGGUGCCCCUGGUGGGUCCGAGAUGCAAACAAUCCGAACGUAUCGCAAUCGAUUGUCUGACAUCGCAACCCUUUUGGUGCGACUCGAUCGAUACAACCUUGCGGUUUAUCGAUGGAGCGACAGAGUGUGUGCGAGAGAGAGAGAGAGAAAAAGAGAGAGAUUUAUAUCAUUUUGCAUGAAAACGUAAUUACUUUUUUAAAUUUUAGUUUGUAGUUCUAUCGUCGGAGAAUAAAAUACACAUUUUUCUUUUCAGAAAUUUCGAAAGCAACUUGUUCCGACGAGUUGCUUAAUUUUCUUUUUUAGCUCAAACGCACGCUGGAUCUCGUUUGUUUAUUUUUCUUAGUUAACGUUAUCGUUGUUCGUCGUCGUUAUCAAUGUCGUUCGUUAUCGUCGUCGCGAUCGUCGUAAAGACUAGCAUCUUGGUCGUUCUACUCUCGUUGGCGCGACAGGGUUCGAAACGUGCAAUGAUACGAGUAUCUACCACGGAAACUGAAGAGAGUGUGCGCGUGAGUGUCGUGCCGAGUGGGAGAAUACAUGGCGCCGGUCGCGUUGCUUUGCGGUAGAUUGAAAAUUGUGCUCGAAAGAGCGAAGAUUUCCAUGGAAGAGAUACGUUGUUCGUCAACGUAAACUGUCGGUUUGGUCUUUUUUUCGCGCGCUAUUCCGUUUCUCGUAAAACUAUCGCGACCGUGACCUCCCACGAAGUACAAAGUAGAAGAACGCGAGAAGAAAAUUGAAAAAGAGUCGUCGACGGCGAGGAAAAGAGUAAAACGAAGAAAGAAAGUAAACGCUUACGAAGCGAACAUUGUAAUUGAAUGCGAAAAAAGAACAAUGCAUGUGUUGAAAGUGAAUAUCGGAGUAACAAGAAAUAGAAGCAAAGAAAUUAUGCGAACAAGAGGAAUCAAGCGGACUGAAACGUACUCGCGCAAUACAUGUAACGCGGUGUUCGCGUUUGCGUAGUCUCGCGCGAUCGUAAUCGCCAUUGCUCGUCGCUAUCGCGACUGAAAAACUCGGACGCGUGCGUCGCAACGGCGAAACCGCUUACGGUUGAACGACGAUCGAGUCUCGGAUAGGAAGUUGCUCGAUACGCGAGGCGGCCUUGUCGCUUCGCGGUCGAGCUCCUCGAUCGUCCAAUUUUGACGAUCGACGUCGCGCCAUCCUGCUUCGAAUUUCUCCAACGCGAUCCCCGGGGAAUCGGUACGCGAUUCUUCCAGGGAUCGUCGCGCGAUUCGGAGAACAGGUACGAGACGCGACGCGACACGACGCUACGUGUACUCCCACUUUUCGACAGUCAAUUAGGCUCGACUCAGUUUUUUUCUCGAAAAGAUCGCUGCGUAAUAUCGUCUCGGACUAUGGGAUAGGUCGGAAAACGAUUGGGAGUGAAUGCGGUACGAAUCGAAGAUACGCGUCGAUCUCUCCUCUCGGAGGAGAGAGAGACCUCGGCGAGCGCAUCGCGUCGCGUCACGCCGCGUCAUUGAGGCGGAUCCGAGGCGUCGUCCAUCGACUGGCUGCCUACCCUACAAACCCACCUUCAUCCUUGUCCCUUUUCCUCGAAUCCCAAACCCUUUAACCCAGUGAAUUUUAUACGGUAAGCGAAACUUUGAAAAAGCUAAUUUCAUAUAUGGAAUUUAAUUUUUUCACGAAACAUGUGCAUUAUAAAAAAUAAAUGCCAAAAAAAUCGCAAAAUCGACGAACCGAG